AUGGGCCACCCCGUCGCGAAGGAGUGGUCCGCGGACGGCUGCGAGCACCAGGGCAGCAAAAGGGUGAUUCAACGCGAGCACCGAGGCAACGACCCGAGCAGCCCGCCGCUGACGAAGCUCCGCGAGGGCGAGGUCGCGCGGGCGGCGCUAGUGUGCGCGAAGCGCGACGAGUGCAAGGCCGUCGCCGUGCACUUUUUUGUCGCGUAUCUGUGCUCGCUGCCGCCGGCGCUGGCGCACCACGCGGCGCACGCGAACUACAGCAAGAUGCUGCGCCUCGCGCUCUUCGACAAGGGCGCGGGCGGCGAGGCGGGCGUGCGCGCCGCCGCCGCCGUCGAGGCCCUGGACCUCUACGUGGCGGGCUGCCGGCCCGUGGACCUCGACGCGCGGUUCUUGUACGCGUACGCGGAGGACGUCGCGGCGACCUGCCCCGCGGCGAGCUUGCUGAGUCUGCCGCGGGUCCAGCACUGCGACGGCUGCGGCCUGCGGCAGCCGGGCAUGGCGAGGUGUUCCCGCUGCAGGCACGUGGCCUACUGCUCCAACGGCUGCCAGCGAAACGCGUGGGCGCGGCGCCACCGCAAAACGUGCGCGGAGCUCGCGAAGCUCACGGAACGCGCGGACGAGGUCGGCUACGAGCCGGGGCUCGACAAACAGCCCCCCGCGGACGAGGCGCUGGCGCUCAAGGAGGCGGGCAACGCGCUCUUCGCCAAGGCGGACCUGGAGGCGGCCCUCGAGAAGUGGCUCGCGGCCCUCGUGCUCCUGCAGCAGCGCGAGCCGGCGCCCGCCACCGACGAGGUCAUGGCGAAGAUCCUCACGAACCGGGCGCUCGCGCUGCUGAAGCUGCGGCCGCCGAGGGCCGACGAGGCCGUCGAGGAGGCGCGCCUCGCCUGCCGCCUCGCGCCGACCUACCUCAAGGCCAGGUACCGCCUCGCGACCGCGCUCGCGGCGUCGGGCGACGCCGCGGGCGCCGCCGAGGCCCGCGCGGCGCACGCGGCGGCGGUGGGCGCGGCGGCGGACGCCGCCGCGGAGGACGAGGAGCGCGCGGGACGCGACGCGCUCCAGCGCGACCUGUGCGGCGGCCGGCUGUGCGGCCGGGACCCGCUGGAGCUCGUCGGCGAGGCGCCGCCGGCGCACGGCGACGCGCGCGCGACGGCGUCGAGCGACGGGAGUGGCGUUUCGCGCCGGGAAAUGAGAAGGAAAUCCGACCCUGUCGCCCGUGGUAGGCACGCGAUCGUCUCGUUGACGGCGGCGCAGAUGGGGAAGCUGUCGCGGGCGUCGGCGCGCUACGAGGCGGAGGGCGACCACGAGCGGUCCGCGGCCUGCGACCUGCGGCGCGUGUCCUCGCAGCUCGCGCUCGCGGCCGUACAGCGCCGCGUCUACGCGGCGCCCACGGACGCCGAGUUCGCCGCGAUCGCCACGUUCGGCCCCGCCGACGAGGGGCGGAGGAAAGCCGCGGAGCUCAUGGAGCGGGCCAUGGAGGAGUGCCGCGCGCUCGGCGACGCGCACUUCAGCCGCGGCGACUUCGCGCUCGCGGGCCGCUGCUGGUCCCUGGGCCUGGACCACGACGACGUCGGCGACGUCUGGUGCAACGUCGGCGUCUGCUACCGCAACGUCGGCCGCCUCAAGCGCGCGCGGCGAUGCUUCCGCGGCGGCGCGGACCUCGGCCACGGCGACGCGUGCGUCGAGCUCGCGCGCCUCGAGUUCCAGGGCCGAGGAGGGCCGGCGGACCGCGAGGCCGCCGCCGCGCUCUGCGCGCAGGCGCGGGCCGUGGCGACGCCGCCGCGCGCGGCGCGCCUCGCGCAGCUCGACGAGCUCGAGGCCGCGCUGGCGCGCGCGCAGCUCGCGGACAUGGAGGCGCUCCUCGCAGAGGAGGACAUCCUGCGCGCCAAGUGCCACUUCGAGGUGCUCGACCUCCCCCAGAAGCAGGCGACGUGCGAGGCCGUGAAGCAGGCCUACCGCGCGGCGGCCCAGGAGGUGCACCCGGACCACCUGGACCACGCGGACGCGGCCAAGGCCUUCGCGCGGCUCCGGACGUCCUACGAGGCGCUCCAGACCAACGGCGGCCGCACGCGCCACCUCAUGCUCCUGCGGAGGAACCCGCCCGCGCGGCCGAGCGUGCUCCUCAAAGUCCUCGACGAGGCGGGCUCGACCAAGGGCCUCGCCGCCGCCGCCGCCGUCUUCAUCGCCGCGGAGCUGCUGCGCCUCGCCAUCGCCGACGACGAGCCCGCGCCCGCGGCGCCCGUCCGCACGUUCACGCCGGAGCGGCGCGCGACGGCGACGCCGCGCGCGCCCGCGUUCGCGUCCAACGCCGGCGAGCUCUACGGCGGGGCCACGAGCGCCGAGGUCGACGCGACGGUCAUCUUCUACCUCGAACCGGAGACGUCCGCCGGCGACCCGGACCCCGAGCUCUACGCGAGCUGCUCCAUCGACACGCUUUGCUCGCUGCCGUCGGGCGACGACGAGCGCGUGGUCGCGCUGUCCGCGCGCGCCCGGCGGGCCGCCGCCGCCGCGCCGCCGUGCGAGAACUACCUCCAGGCCGAGGUCGCCGUGGAGACGGCGCACGGCUGGCUGACGACGGACUGA